GCAUUUUAUUUAAUCCUUUUCCAUUUUUUUCUGCAUUUUAUAUCUAACCCUUUUCCUUCAAUUUCAAUGCCUUUUAAAUUCCUUUUCCAUCUACAAUUUCAAUGCUGGAUCAUCUGCCGCGCAGGUAAAAAAACAUCGACGAAGCGAAGUGAUCUGUCCCUUCAGCAACAGCUAGUCAGCUACGAUUCACAAAGCGGAAUCACUUCCAGUGAGUCUCGAAUCCGCCACUCCAACGAAGCGCACACGAGAGAGAAGGGAGGGAGGAAAGAAUCGCGAUGAGAGGCGCGCUCGGCGGCAGGAGCCGGGCGCGGCAGAACGCGAUGCGGUCGGGCCUGGUGGUGCUGGGCGCCGCCGCCUUCGGCUACCUCUCCUUCCGCGUCGGCUUCAAGCCCUACCUCGACCGCGCCCAGGAGGCCAUGGACGACACCACCCACCACGGCUCCGCCUCCGGUGCCGCCGCCCAGCCUGACCACGCCGGGGAAGAAGACGACGUCGCGACGUCCAAGGACCCGGCCGUCGUGCUCCGCGACUGAGGCCGCUCGUCGAAGCUUCCGUAGAGGUUGGUGCCUUUUGCUUUUGGUUGGUUGUGCCAUUCCGUCGAACACCUUGUGUGCAGCUCGUAGCGGAGCUGCAAUCUUGCGCGGAGAGUGCUGUUGCUGAAUAAACACUUCACAUUACCAACAGACUUGAGCAUGCAUGUCGUUCUCUUCAUAGAACACAGUUACUGUCUUGCUGAUGAACAUAAGUGCUGAAGUGCAAAUGGGCGCUACUGAAUUUGUCGAGCUCUUCGAUUCUAAUAAAGAUUCUGCUUAGAUUUAGCAUGUUGUGUUU